AUGAAUAUAAUGCAUGAGGAACAUGCAGAAAAUUUGAAAGCAAAUGCUAUUAAAAUGUUAAAGUUACAGGGCGUGUCGUUAACCGCAGCGGCUAUGGAAACGAUCUCCGAGAAAUAUUCAAAUUCAUUAAAAUAUUUAUGCCUUAUGGGUGCGCUUGUACAUACACCCGAUGGCGCAAUAUAUCUGAAAGCGCUGUGUAAUUUGAGAUGUUUGUGCAAACUGACAUUACCGCCCUCACUUCUGUCACUGAGCAGUAAACCAUUAUAUCAGGAAUGUCGAAUGUUGCAACAAAUCACCGUCAAAUAUCUCUGCGUGUAUGUUUAUGAAUCAGAAAUUGUUGAAACACGAUAUUUUGUCAAGAAAUUACUACCGCCUACGCUGAAAGAAUUAUGCUUACACGAUCCGACUCAUAUGGUAGCCAGAGAUUUAAAAAAUGAUGAAUUUCGAAAAUUACAUUUCAAGGUGACAUUUUGUAAACGAACAGAUUCACUGUAUCAGCAAGAAUGGAUGAAUGGUCAUUGUGAGUUACUGUCGCAUAUGGUUUGGAUACAACCGUACAAGCAUUUCAAUACUGAAUAUCCACAUCCGGUGCCUGGCUGGUGGUUUUUUAUGAGCGAAAAUGUGGACACAGCUGAGGAAGCAACAGAAGUUACAGCAGUGGAGGAAUCUCUAAUUCCUGAACCACAAGCUGCUGCUGCACAAGUUCAAUUACCGCCAAAUGAGGAUCCCGGUGAAAUGAUGAUGGCUACUAUUGCAAGAUUUUUCGAACGAAUGAUUGAUGAUCAAUUGAAUGCAGAAUUUGGUGGUAGCACCCCAACGGAUUUGGCAAUACUUGCAAAUCCUAGCAAUAAUGUGGUGUCACCCAAUACUGCUAGUCAACUACCAGGACCAUCUAAUGGUAGUCGUUCAGGACGCGCCACCGAUCGAUCACGUCGAAGUUACAUGAUAAUAUCACGAGAUGGGAGAAGAAGUUUAAGUCACACUCUAGGACGAACACCCUCACAAUCCAGCACUCAAUCCACUGCACCAACCCAAACAGCUACAACUGCAGAACGACAGCAAGGAACAUCUAUAACUGCGGAAUCGCCAGAUUCAGAAGAUUCGGAAGAAGGACAAUCGAAUCAUGAUGGUAACAAUAACGAAUCAAAUCAUUUUGGAUCAAUGACGACGACAACAGCAAGCACAACGUCAAAUGCUGGACGAGAAGGAAGAAAUACAAGACGAACUGGACCUUAA